AUGAAUUGGGAUUGGUAUAUAACUGGGGCUAGAGAAAGUCAGGCUGCAUUCGAGCACUUUCUUUCGAAAGUUAUGGGAAAGGCUAACGCUCUUAGCGAAUUUGAUAAGGUGCAGAUAUUGAUGCCCGGAGGACUCGAAAGGAGUAUCUCAGAAACUGCAGGACUGGUAGGUUGUUCACAAUCUACUGUUGUUAGUACUUAUGCAAAGUGGAAAAAAGACGGGGUAACCAAUAGUAGGCGUAAAGGUGUUGGACGGACACGCGUCAUCAAAGAGGAGGGACGUCGGAGACUAGGCCUUUUGGUAAAGCAAUAUCGGAGGAAGACAGUUGAUCAACUGACAGCUCAAUGCAAUGUAGGUGCGAGUGAAAGUGUUUUCCAACACACCGUUCAGAAGACACAGUUGAAUAUGGGACUGCGCAGAAGACGUUCCACUCUUGUGUCUCUAUUGACCAAUAAUCAUCGCCAACUACGCCUACAGUUGGUCCAACAACAUUGA